AUGUUCAACCUCUCGAGUUUCGUCCACAAGGCCCAGCAGCUGCUCGAUCCCAUGCAGGGCCUGAACCUGACCGACUCCGACAAGAACCCCUCCAAGGCCACCCUGUUCCAGAACCAGUUCCGACUGCCCUCCUCCCAGCAUCCCUUGUACGAGAUCAAUGCCGAGCUCACCAUCCCACCUUCCAACGCCACCCAGGGCGGUAAGAACGACACUGGGUUCCACUAUGCCGGCAAGAUACAUCUCUCCGAGGCCUACAUGUGCUUCUCGACAACUCCCUCGAGCUUCAUGUCCUCUGCCACAACCUCGACCUCCCUGGCCUUCACCGGCCAGACACACGGUGGUGGCCCAAGCGGCAAUGGCUUCACCUUCCCCCUUUCAUCCAUCCGGAGGGUCGAGAGACUGCACAGCCAAAACUUCCAGUUUGCCCUGGCUAUUACCACCUGGAACGGCCUAGCCCAGAACUCAGGCAAAGACAAGGACAAAGAGGCUGUGAAGGACAAUAGUCAGAUACGAGAGCAACGAAUAACGAUCACACUCGCCGGCAGCAGACCAGCAUGCGAGCGGUUCUGCGACGGCUUGAAGAAGGGUCUGCGCGCCGGAGUCGGGAGCGUGGGGAAGCUCAAGAAGGUCGUCGGCGAAUGCUACUCAGAGUACCUGCUCCGCUCAGAAGACAAGAAGGCUGCCAGCCCACCAGAUGCUGGGCUUGGAAUGAUGUUUCGAUACCCUGGUGACCCCAAGAAGCUGCGAGAUCGGGCCAAGAUGCGUCUUUGGGCGGAGUACCUGAGGGACAACGGCCGCAACGCGAAUCUCAUCCGGCAGCCUACAUUUCACAAGCUCAUCCGAGUCGGUCUCCCCAAUAGGUUAAGGGGCGAAAUUUGGGAGCUGACAUCCGGCUCGUUGUACCUGCGCCUCGAGAACCCGUCGCUAUACAGUGAAACACUUAGUAAAUUCGAUGGACAGGAGUCUCUGGCAAUCGACGAAAUUGAAAAGGAUCUCAACCGAAGUCUGCCAGAAUAUCCUGGAUUUCAAAGCGAGGAAGGCAUUGGCCGGCUGCGCCGCGUGCUCACGGCAUACAGCUGGGUCAAUGCUGAUGUCGGAUACUGUCAAGCCAUGAACAUCGUGGUUGCAGCUUUGCUGAUCUACAUGUCAGAGGCCCAGGCGUUCUUCCUGCUGUCGGCCCUGUGCGACCGCCUGGUUCCCGGCUACUACUCCACGACCAUGUACGGCACCCUGCUUGAUCAGAAGGUGUUCGAGAGCUUGGUCGAGAAGACGAUGCCAGUCCUCUGGGACCACCUGGUGAAAAGCGACGUGCAGCUUUCCGUGGUGUCCCUGCCUUGGUUUUUGUCACUUUACAUAAAUUCCAUGCCUUUGGUUUUUGCGUUCAGAGUUCUAGAUGUCUUCUUCGUUGAAGGGCCAAAGGUUUUAUUCCAGGUGGGGCUGGCGAUCUUGAGGAUAAAUGGAGAGGAUCUUCUAGACUCCACAGACGACGGUGCCUUUAUAUCCGUGCUAAAGUCAUACUUUUCGCGGUUGGAUGAAUCGGCCCAUCCGAAGUCGGAAAACCCCAAGCUGCGAGCCGUGACGAGGUUUCAAGAGCUGAUGGUGGUGGCCUUUAAGGAAUUCUCACAGGUAACGCACAGCACCAUCACGGAUUUGAGGUUGAAGAAUAAGGAUGCGGUCCUCAAUAACAUUGAGAACUUCGCGAAGAGGACAGCCAUUAGGAAUCUGGGACCGGAUGCCAAGAUUAUGAGCACGGAGGAGUUAGGCGCUCUCUAUGACAGGUUCUUCGGCGUGCUGUACGAGCGGCAGCAGCGCAGCAACCUCCUCCUGCAGGAACAGCAACGGAAGGCCAAGACAGGUCGGCCCAAGCUGGGCGAUGUGCACCAUCAGGAGGCGGUGGAGAAGGGAAGAGUAGGCGUUGGGGCCCCAAGCACAUCCGAGAUGGACUAUGACGCCUUCCGCGAGUUUCUUGCAGCGAUGUCAAAAUGGGCGAUCUCGGACUCGCCAACAACGCCUCGCCGAGAUAAUUUCCAAGAGAAGGACAAAAGUCCCUACUUUGGCAGCAUGCGAAAAUCGGAUGUCUACACCGGUCCUUGGGGGACGGGGCCUGAGCCGGCAGAUCACGAGUUCCUCCAACGUUUGUUCAAGCUGUGGGACAAGGGCUCCAAAGGUCAAGUCACCCUGCAGGACGUGGUGUCUGGAAUGGCGCGGAUCAAGGGCAAGAGCGACAUCAUGGGCACUAUCACCUACUUCUUCGAGCUUUACGACGAUGACGACGACGGUAGAGUAGACCGAGAAGGCAUAUUGCGCAUCUCCGAAGCACUGCUGUUCCUCUCGCGUCGAGGCUUGGAGGGUACUCUCAGCCCUUCGGCGUCACACCUAGGACUUAAUGGACUGCAGGAGUCCGGCGGAAAUCCCAGCAGCCCAAACAGCUCAAUGCCGGAAGCUACAGUCAAUGAAAGAUUCCUUGGCAGCGUCAGCGCCUUCAUCCGACGCUGCUUUGAAUACGCGGAUCCCGACCACCCCAAUAACCAGGAUCCGGUCAACAAAAGCAACAGUGAUGGGGCCGAUGACAACAUGGCUGAUCCGAGCGCUUUUACGAUCGGGGAUGAUGAUGAUGAAGAGGAGGAGGAGGAGGAGGAUCUUCUAGACCUAGAAGACACUCCGAAGGAGGGCAGCACCAAGAAGACGCCUAAGAAAUCAAACAUCCCCCCCGCAAUCAACAUCAUCGACAGCAACAAGAACGUUACGUCAGGAGACACGGAUGACCGCCGUCGUGUGUCCAAAGCCCAGUCUGAAAAGGCCAAUGUCGCUCUCGAUCCUUCCAAUCCCUUGUACAUGACUCUGCCCACAUUCAGGAUGGUUAUUCUCGCCGAUGAGCUACUGGAACAAUUCUUCGAGUCGAGCUUCCCAUCCUCAUUCCACAUAAUCGAAGGCAUCCCAACGAGUUCCGGGGCGAGCUCCUCCAACCUAACCACCUUCACCAGCAUAGGCCAGUCAGCGGGCCGAGCUGCAGCAGCAGCCAUGGGCGGUGCACCCAUCGCCGGAGCAGGCGGCAACCGCGGCCUCCGGGGCGUCCUGGACGGCAUCGUCACGGAUGGCAUGCGAGUGGCGGCCGAGGUCAGGCGGAGGAUGGACGAGGCGCAGAAGGAGCUGGAGAAGAAUGCGACGCCGGGCCAGAAGGCGGCGCAGGACGAGGAGGAGGAGGACGAUGAAGAGUACAUGCAAACGAUCCGCACGCCGUCGGGCCUCGGCGACGCGGAGAGGAGGAGUAUCAGGAGCGUCAGGACCCAGGAUCGCACGCUUCUCGAGGGGGCAGACGCCGAGGCCGGGGGCGGCAACGGCAACGGUGAGGGCUCAGAGGGGCGGGGCGGGGCCCGUGCCGAUGCGGAACCCAAGGGGCGCCCGCAGAGCGUCAUCGAGGAGGCGAACGCGACGAGGACUGUUGAGUUUGAGGGUUGA